AUGCUUGCAACUCUAAACUGCGGAACAACAGUGCAACGCAACUGGAGCUGGCUGCAGCCCCGAGGCAGACCCCACCCUGGGUCCAUCCCGUCCUGGUCUUCAGGCAGGCCCAUCUUUCAUGAGCAGCAGAGGGAAGAUCAUACACAGAGCUGUGUCUUCAAAGCUGCUCUCACGCUUCUUCCCUUUGCCCGAAAAGCCUCCAGUAAAUCCUCUCGUAUUUCAUGUUCUCUGAAGGACGGCAACAUUCAGAAGAAGCUGGACUUUGAGAUGAGAAUGCGUGAAGGGGCCUAUAAGCUUCUGCUCGCCUGCACUAAAAGGGAGCAGAUUCUGAGCGCCUCAAAGAACCUGCACACCUCCAACACCAGAGUGAAGGCCUACCUGAGUGAGGUGCACAGACACGAUGCUAUGGACAUAAUGGCCAGACUUACAGAUGCACAAGCAGAUGAGCGGAAGCCUUGCCAUGGCACAGUUGCACUAUCUGGGCUUCGAAUUCCUUUGCUGUGGCGAGAUUCUGAUCACUUUAACAACAGAGGAAGUUCUCGACGAGCGGCACUCUUUUGCCUCAUGCAGAUUGGUUCUGAGGUGUUUGACACAGAAAUGAUGGUGGUGGACAGAUCAAUCACUGACGUAUGUUUUGAGGGAGUCACUAUAUUCAAAGAGGCACUCCCCGACUUUGAACUGAAGGUGGAGCUGUGGAGCUGUGCACUGGAGGAAGAGCUCACUUUAGUGAAUACUCCAAAGAAACUGGCCAAGAAGUUCCGCAGCUCCUUUGGAAAAUCGACUGGGAAGAAGCUCUGUCCUCUGCUGGACACUCCUGACCCCGAGGCCUUUCUGCAGUACAACCCUGUGCCUUCUGGAUCUAAAUACAACCUUUUGGCGUACACCACUCUGCAUCUUACUCAGGCUGAAGGAAGUUUCCAGUCUCAUUCACUCAUUGUUGUACAAAAUGCUGAAUGGUCGUCCUGGCUCCCUCUCUAUGGAAACCUCUGCUGCCGCCUGGUGGCUCAGCCUGUGUGCAUGACACAGAGCAUGAUGACUGGAUACCUUUGUCAAAAGUUAAAUGUUGAGGGCAUGAACCGAUCUCGUCACCUUUACUGUGAACUGUGCGCUGGCUUAUUGUCUUGUUACUUCUCUCCUGAGGAGAUUCAAGCCAAAGUGGACCCUGCUCUAAAACUACCUAUCAAUCAGGAAACUCGUAUUCGUGUAAUGGAAACAGGUUCAGUGGGCCAGAGGCUCAGGACUCUGUCCAUCCACAGUACCACAGCAAACAGCAGUGACACUGUGAACUUCAGCACAGAGUCCAGAGAGGAGCUGGAGGAGUGGGCCGACGCCCUGCACCAGCAUCUGUAUGACCAGAGUCAAUGGCUGCAUUGUUGUGACCGCUUAAUGAAGAUCGAGGUCCUGUCACCACGGAAACCAUCACUCUUCCUCACCAAAGAGGCUGAUUCAGUUUAUAAUGACCUGAGUAUCAAUUCACCGGGCAAAUUUGAGAGCAUCACAGACAUCAUUCAUGAUAAGAUUGAGCAGACAGAUGGACGUUUUCUGAUCGGUCACGAGGAGAGAAGGGAAGUACCCAACUGGUCUUCUCUAUUUGAUGGCUCCCAGUCAGUGCUAGUACAGAAAAGUGUAUUUUCUCAGAGCAAAACAUCCACUCCUUUCUCAAGUCCACUCCAGAAUAAGACCACUACCCCUGGUAGCGUCAAAAAGCGCCGUGCACCACCUCCUCCCACUGACCAGGAGCCGUAUACCCCUCCCAGUCGACCUGCCAGACCCCCACUCCCUGCUCAUCUCCCCUUUCCUCUCCAUGAAAAAGAAAAUGCCAAUGUCUCUCGGCCCGCUCCGCGCUCCAAAACCGGCCGGCCUUCUCUGGACGCCAAAUUCUCCUCGAUUAUCCAACAGCUCCAGCGAAAUAACGCUAGCGGAGCACCAGCACUCACCCGGAAGAACGCUCCUCUCGGGGUGCUCGAUAUCCCGCUGCCGAACCAGGAGAAUGAAAAGCCACCAAACGCUGAGGCCAGUGAACCCUGCUUUGUCCGGCCUGCGCACAGCACUGCGCCUGUCCCUGCUCCGAGGAGUAAAUUAAGAAAGUCCUUCAGAGAGAGGAUUAGUCUUAAACCCCUAUGAUCUUUUGGUCUUAACAAGUUUUAAUUACUUGCAUAACCACUAAUAUGAUAGACACGCUAACAGCUGGCCUAAGUGCAGCACUUUGGACAUAAUAUGAAUUCUUUGUUUUCUAUAAAAGAAUAGGUCUAUUAUGUAAACAUAUCUUCAAGGACAGCUUCAGGUAAGAUUUUAAGACUCCCUAAGACUCUUCACUAGCACCCAACCAUGGAUGAUUUUGAAUGCCAGUUGCCUGUUGGCCUGAGCUCUGCCUCCAUCAAUCCUACUAAAAUGUAGAGGCUUAUUUCUCAGCUUUGCCACUGGAACAGUGACUGGAUGAAAGAAACUUUGCAGAAAGCCCCGAUUGGCAUUGAUCCAUAUGCUGACUGCAAACCACUGACGACUCACUACUUUAUUUUGGACUAUUGACUUGUUCUACUUACUGUGAAGACUUUACGGCCACUAGCACAUUUUUAAAGGGGAGAGGAUUUAAAGGCCAAUUUGAAGCAGCAGUCAUUCCCAUAGUCUUUUAUAAUGGAGUGACUUUGGCUUCAGUUAGUACAGCGUGUGCCUGUCCUAAUUGAAAACACAACAAAAUGAGUGUGCGCAAAUGUGCAGAGCUUGUUUAAACACCAGUGUCUGCUAUACCUUUGGCCUGGGCAAUAAUAAUAUCAUGGUCUGAUCCUGAGGUGAGCUGCUAUUUUUGUGAGGUCAUCAUGAUUCUGUACAUAUGUGAAAUGUGAAUUAUCAGAAGCAGCAGAUGGCUUUAGUUACGUCUUAAUGGCACAUAAAAAGAUAUUAACUGCAUGUAUUGUGAUAAAAUCUUAACUGUAAUCUUUGGCAUUUUGCCCACUAUACUGUUAUGUAUCUAGUAUCAAUAUUUUAAACAAGCUGGGAUAAACCAUUGUCUCAUCCUCAAAAUUUAAACUGAAGGAGUCAUUUGAGAGAGAUUUGUGGGAAGUGGAUUUAAAGCAUCUUGAGAGAAUGCUUUACUAAAAAGAGUAUGCUGCUCAUAUGGUUUGCUCUUAACGGUUGUUUGGUGUUGAUGCUUUUCACAAGCCACUUUGAUGACAAGCUGCACACAUAAAGUUGCAUUGUGUUGCUUUUCUGGUGGAGGGCAAAUGUUAUUGCUUUCUCUGAAAAUGUUUCAAAGUAUGGUAUUAAACCUUUGUAUCUUCAUAGAGACCAAACCAGACCAAGUUACAGAUCAGAUCUGUGGAGAGGUGACCCCACUCAUAGUCAGAAUGCCUGUUUUCCUGGGGAUUUUUGAGCUAUAAAAUCAUCUGUAAUUAAAUACUGUACAUGUAAAGCAGAGCUGUCUAAUGCCAUACUGUGGAACAUUCCAGGCAGAGCAGUGACAUCUCAGAAUCGAGCAGGUGACAGACCCUCCAAUUUACACAAUGCAACUUUAACAUCUGCAAAUGCACACAGUUGUACUUGAGAUUAACCUGGACAGGAAAUGUGUCUAGAUUUUGGGUUCAUGUAGAUAUAGUUUACUCUUCUAAAGGACUGAAUUGUGAAUGAUGUUGACUGCAUAUUAUAGUGUAAAAUACAAAUGUAAACCUUUUGUUGACUUGAUUCUAAUGAAAAAGCAAGUCAUUUCACUUGUAGCCUUACUUGUAAUGACCUUGUAUAGAAUAUUUCUUAAAGGCUGUGUGAUUUAGUGAGUUUUAAUAGUUACUUUUUGUCUAAUGUGCAAUUUCUAAUUUGUUGUUAGUCCAUUUUUAUUAUUGCUACAUAUGCAAUAAAACUGCAGAAAUACUA